GAAGCAAGAAGAAGUAGGGGGCAGCAUUUCCACGUGCUAGCAGUGGACGACAGCCAUGUGGAGAGGAAGCUCUUGGAGAGGCUCCUCAAGGACUCAUCCUACGAAGUGACAUGUGUGGAUUCUGGGGACAAGGCGCUGAGGUAUCUGGGCUUGCUUGAUGAUCACACCAAUCUACAUGCCCAGGAUGGGUUUGAUAAUUCCAGUGCUGCUGCUUCUGCUUCUUCUUCUCUGUUGCAGCCAUCACUACAAGAGGGGACAAAAGUCAACUUGAUCAUGACAGACUUCUGUAUGCCCGGGAUGAGCGGCUAUGAUUUGCUGAGACGAGUCAAGGGAUCUUACUGGAAAGAUGUGCCGGUUGUGGUCAUGUCAUCAGAGAAUGUGCCUUCAAGAAUCAACAUGUGCUUGGAAGGAGGAGCAGAUGAGUUCCUGUUGAAACCAGUCCAGCUGUCAGAUCUAGAGAAGCUUCAGCCAUACAUUCUGAAGUCUCUCAAUAACCCUUGUGAAGACAUCAAAGGUGACGGCAUAGACGACAGUGAAGAUGAUGAGAUCGAGACGAGAAAUUACGGAGAGGACAACACCAAUAAGUGCAACUCUAAUACCAAUAAUGUUGCCAAGAGGAAGGCAAUGUCUGCUGAGCCAACCGAUAGAAGACCCAAAAUCAAAGGAUUGGCAGUGGUGUAUAAUAAGAAUCAAGAACUAAUCGGCUGAUUGAAAGUGCGCCAUGUGUCCUCGCCGAGAUGUUUGCCAGUUGGGAACUCCACUAGACUAAUAGCAUCACAUGUCCUUGUCCAUUACAUAUGUUCCUUUUAUUGGUUACUGUGUUCUUGAGAGGAAAGAAAAGGAAGGAAAAGUUCAGUUUUAAAAGUCUCCGCAAUGGAAAGCCUGAUGUUUCUGAUCAGAAAGAGAUUAUUAUUUUGUUGUUUUCCCUACUAUUUUCAUUUUGUUGUUUAGAUUUUACCAAUUGGUAAUUAACUCCCAUGUGUAGACUCUACUUAAGGACAACGUUUUUGUUUA